GCAGCGGAGCCUGCCUACAGACGGCUGACCCGGGCUCUCCUCCACACCCCCGUCCUUCUUCUCCCCCUCCCUCUUCCCGGCACCCGAUUUCAACCGGCUAUAAGAAGCCGGAGAGCGCAGUGCCCGAGCAGCGAAGAGGUCCAGAACCAUGGAGAGCUCCCGCCUGAGGCUGCUACCCCUCCUGGGCGCCGCCCUGCUGCUACUGCUACCUUUGCUGGGUGCCGGUGCCCAGGAGGACGCCGAGCUGCAGCCCCGAGCCCUGGACAUCUACUCUGCCGUGGAUGAUGCGUCCCACGAGAAGGAGCUGAUCGAAGCGUUGCAAGAAGUCCUGAAGAAGCUCAAGAGUAAACGCAUUCCGAUCUACGAGAAGAAGUACGGCCAAGUCCCCAUGUGUGACGCUGGAGAGCAGUGCGCAGUGAGGAAAGGGGCCAGGAUCGGGAAGCUGUGUGACUGUCCCCGAGGAACUUCCUGCAAUUCUUUCCUCUUGAAGUGCUUGUGAAGGGAUGACAGCCUCCACCUUCGGUUCCCAUAUUCCCUCUUUCCCCCAAAGGAGCGCUCCAUUAUCCCUGGAGCCUGGCUUUAGCAACAAUAAAGUUUGCGUUCCCCUCAGAGAGCGGAUGGGCUCUUUCCCUGCUGCUUCAAAAUAAAAGAUUUGACAUCAUUGUGUGAAGGAGAAUGCCUUGAAUGGUGUUGGUAUGUGUGCAAAAUAUUCUUUUCUUGUUUUAUCCAUCUGACACAUUCUUGUGAACCUUUCUGGGAAGAAGAGGAACUUCGUUUUAAAACUGUAUUUUUGUAUGUGGUGUGUCACAAUGAGAAUUAGAUCUAGUUAAUUUGGGUAGAUGACAUCACAACCCAGAAAAUAAAUUACCCUAAAGCCACACAAAUUGAAGCAUGUACAAAUUACACAUAAUAAAGCGUUUUUAACAAUUGCUCAC